AUGAAGGCAGGCAUUACCGCUGCCCAAAGGAGAAAGUGGGAAAUGACAUGGCUCUUUCGCUACGCAGGCCCAGUGACGUGUCAACGACCCGAGAUCCAACACGCAGAGCAUCAAGCACGUCCGUGUCUGAGGGCUUUUGUCUCACCGCAGCGAGGUCCCCUCUCUUCCAGUGCCAUCUUCUCCCAGACUGCCAUGCGUUCGAAGUUGGCUGCCGCCGUGGCAGCGUCCCUGGUUUUAUAUGGCAUUGCCACAGUUAUCUAUCGCCUCUUCUUCCACCCUUUCUCAAAAUACCCCGGACCUCGAUUGGCGGCCAUCUCGAACUGGUAUACAACAUUCUUCGCCUGGCGCGGGGAUCUGCACCUCCGCGUACGCGACUGGCAUGAUAAAUAUGGCGAUGUCAUGCGAUUCGGACCCAACUCAGUCAGCUUCAAUACCCACACCGGCAUGGGCGCCAUCUACGGCGCGCGCGCCAACGUGCACAAGGCUGAGGGAUACGCCUCAAUGAGCGCCAGCCGGCGCACGCCUAACACUAUCACCGCCGUGGAUAAGACAGUGCACGGCUUUAAACGGCGCAUUAUGGGCCAGGUCUUCUCCGAUCCGGGGCUACGAUCCGUUCAGGACCGCUUCCUGAUGAACAUCCGCGAUUUCACCGCUCUGCUGUGCUACGACGAUCGACCCGGCAGCCUCGACAGCGGCAAAAAUGGCAGUGGUUGGGGGCCAACGAAAGAUAUGGGUCGAAUCUGCGGCUGGCUAGCAUUCGACAUCAUCAGUGGCCUCUGCUAUGAUGAGGAUUUCCGGAUGCUGCACUCGCCCGACCUACGAUGGUUUCCGUCCGUCAUCCAGAAGAUCGGGCAGCGGACCAUGAUGUGCAUCGUGCAGCCCAAGGUGUUUGACUGGAAGAUCGACCGCGUGUUGAUGGCGACACAAUAUCGCGAGAUGCUAGAGGCCGGCAGUUGGAUUCGGCGGCGCGCAGAGACUCGGGCGCGCCUGGGCAACGACAUCGAGCAGAUAGACCUAUUCUACAAGAUGAUGAACGCGACGGAUCCGAAGACAGGCCAGAACUUUACCCAGAAAGAUUUGUGGCUGGAGUCGAUGCUUUUGCUGACGGCCGGCUCUGACACCACUUCAACGGCCAUGAGUGCCGUUUUUUUCUAUCUAACUCACCAUCCGGACGUGAGGGCGCGACUGACGCAGGAAGUACGUACCACCUUCACCAACGAGGAGGAGAUUUGCAUGGGGCCGCAACUGAACGGUUGCGAGUUUUUGCGCGCCUGCGUGAAUGAGACCAUGCGACUCAUCCCAUCAGUCUCGGGAGUGCCGCCUCGCAAGGUGCAGGCCGGUGGCAUCACUGUGGACGGCGAGUAUAUCCCGGCCGGAAUGACGGUGGGCACCUCCAUCUACACCAUUCAGCGCAAUCCGCACUACUUCUUUGCACCGGACGAAUUUCAUCCAGAGCGCUGGAUUAUAGACGUGGAUGCCGGCAUCGACGAGGAAAGCGUUAAGACGGUCUGGCAAGCCUUCUGUCCUUUUGGCAUCGGCUCACGCUCCUGUGUUGGCUGGCGUCUGGCCUGGGUCGAGCUUAAUGUUGCCGUAGCGCGUACUAUCUUUCUCUACGACAUGCGCCUGGCACCUGAUGCGCCCUGCUGCGGCGGGAGUCUGGCCGGAUGUGGCUACGGCUUCAAGGGGUGGAUGACCUCUGCCGUUGAAGGGCCAUUGGCGCAGUUCCGGCCGCGUCAGUCUUGA